GGAGGGGGGGAAAGAGGCGAACGCUCCAAAAAAAAAAAGGAGGCAAAACAAAAAAAAAAAAACAUGAACACCGACAACCGUAUCGGUUUCCGUCUGAAAGCGCCCGUCUAAAGCCGCCCAGAACCUUCGGAGGAGAAUUAAAAAAAAAAAAAUUCCGCUACCGCCGCCGGAUAGCGGAGCGUCCUGUUAUUCCGCUACGCCGGACGAGCCGAGGAUCAUGUCAGGGAAGGGGGGACGAUCUCCUGACUCCCUUCGGAAGCCGAGCUGCCCCGUCGUGUCAGAGAGGCGCAUAUUAAGACGUACGGUUUGAAAAAAACAACAAAAAAAAACCCCUGAAGAUGGCUCGUAUGUGAUCGCGAAGCGUCCUUGCGGCUGCCUGCGUGUCAAGUCGCCGUCGCUGUUCUCUCUCAAUAUCCAGCGAGCCACAUUUUCAAAGUUUUUUUUUUCCUUUUUUUUUUUUUUAAACGAAAGGGAAAUUUGCUGCAUCGCAUUCCUCCGAACGGGAUGUCAUCCGCCGCUGGGAGGUUUCCAGCGGCCGCCGUCUGAUCCGCCGCCUCGCUUACAACGGGAGUCUUGCCCUGAGAGCCCCGGUGUGAAAAUGGGAGAUGCUGUGGCAAGCAAAGGGACGAGAAGGACCUUCAUCGUCCCCGCCAUCGGAGCCUUCGAUCAUUAUGACUUUACCAGGGCUAAAAUCUCAUGUAGCCUGACAUGGCUCGUGGCCAAAGCCUUCGGCUCGGACGCGGUGCCAGAGGAGCUGGCUGAGCCUUUCUACAGGGACCAGUACAACCAGGAGCACCUGAAGCCCCCCGUGGCCUGCCUGCUCCAGUCUGCAGAGCUCUACUGCAGGGCGGGAAGCCUCAUCCUCCGCAGUGACGCCGUCAAACCCUUGCUGGGUCACAACGCCGUCAUCCAGGCCUUGGCCCAGAAAGGCCUGUACGUGACCGACCAGGACCGCCUGGUCACCGAGAGGGAUCUGACCAGCACACCCAUAAACAUGAGCUCCCACUUGGCCCUGAUAGACACUCUGAUGAUGGCCUACACGGUGGAGAUGGUGAGCGUGGAGAGGGUAAUGGCCUGCAUCAACAGGUGCUCCUCCGCCGAGCCCUCUCACAGCGACAGACACGUCCAGGACCUGCCCUAUGACACGGAGGACGCAAUCAUCACCUGGAUCAACAAGGUGAAUGAGCACCUAAGGGAUAUCCUUGUGGAAGAGCAGAAGCUUAGAGAGGCCUCUUGUCAGGAGUCUAACACCGCAGCACAAAAAGCUCGCUACAGGAGGGAGCAUGCCCAGCAGAGGAACGCUCCCUCGCUCCCUCUGGUGGAGAACCUGCUGAAGGACAACACGGACGGCUGCGCCCUGACUGCCCUGUUGCACUUCUACUGCCCGCAGGCCGUCCGGCUGGAAGAUAUCUGCCUGAAGGAGACCAUGUCUCUGGCGGACAGUCUGUAUAACCUGCAGCUGGUGCAGGAGUUCUGCAGGGAAAGCCUCAACCACUGCUGCCAUUUCACCCUGGAGGACAUGCUUUAUGCCCACGCCUCCGUAAAGAGUAACUUCCUGGUGUUUAUGGCUGAGCUCUUCUGGUGGUUUGAAGUGGUGAAACCCUCAUUUGUGCAGCCCAGGAUUUUCGACCCACACGCCUGUGAGCCAGUCCCCUCCUGUAGAAACGUGGCUCCUGUAUCCAGCCCAGUCAAACAGAGCUAUGCAGACAAACCUGGCAGCCCAGAGCACACCCAUGGACAAGGUGUGAUGAAGCGGUCCACCUCCAUGUCCUACGUGGAAGGCUGUGUGGGAACAUGGCCCAAGGAAAAAAGAUCCACCUCUCGGGGGAUCUCCUUUGAAAUUCCACUAGAUGGCGAACCAAGCGUGCCACCGUGUGAGGGUCCCUCCACACGGGGUAUGAUUCGCUCAGCCAGCAGCGAUGGUCUUGGGUUCAAAGUUCACUUUGCACCACGAGGUGGCAUGAGGCGUCACCUUUCUCUAACGCCUGUUAGUGUAAACGGGCAGAGUGGGAGCAAACACAUACCAGAGGAGAAUGAGGACUUCAGCUCCCACAAACCCUUGGGCCGAAACAACACAUUCUCAAUCAAGAACCAAAGCAGGUACUCCAAUGGACUUCUCCCAGAUAGCAACCACGAUGGCAACCACAGCGGCCACAUUAGCCCGUCAACACCUCCGAGCAUCGAGGAGGCCCUGAAAAUUAUCCACGACACAGAGAGGCCCCACGCUAGUCUGAGUCUUGGAGCUGGGGACAACGGUUUCUUCCUUCAUGGUGCUGAUUCCCCAGACCGGCAGGGUGCCCAAGGCCCAGGAGAUUACCUGGGUUCAGCCAAGGCCCACGUGGAUGACCAUGAUGCCAACUCUCUCUCCACAGAGGUGGACACAGGCAUCCACGUGAAGACAGAGGACAUCCAGAGCUACGACGAGGACUCCUCCUCUCUGAGAGACUAUUCAGAUAUCGAUCCGGACUGUGAUGCCACGACCAGGUCGUGUCCUCUGCCUGAAAGGGGGGAGAGGGAGACAGCUGGCAGGGGAGGUGGGAGGGUUGCGGUUGGUGAUUCUAACCUUGGGAUUAGGAGGGGAGAAGGAGGGGACAGGAGCAGUCCCUGCUCGAGUUCAGGGCCCACACUCCCCAGGUCCCAUACAGUCAGCCCCAUCUCAUCCUCUGGUGGCUCUGGGAGCGGCAUGAUCCGCAUGACCAGCUUUGCAGAGCAGAAGUUCAGAAAGCUGGAAGGGAGGAGCAGCGGAGGAACCACGCCGGAGAGUUCAGACCUCAAUGUACCAUACACGCACCCCAUGAGAGCCAUUUCCCCUGAGAUCUCUGGUCCCCCAAUGCCAAUCACGUCCCCAUCUCCAGCCACGCCCUCCCCAAGAGACCCCUCCCACCUGCUUGCCUCAGAGAUGGUGCACCUGAGGAUGAAACUUGAGGAGAAACGCAGAGCUAUCGAAGCCCAGAAGAAGAAGGUGGAAGCAGCUUUUACACGACAUCGUCAGCGGAUGGGGAGAACAGCCUUUCUCAAUGUUGUAAAAAGAAAAGGAGUCGUCCCUCUCAGCUCCAGCCCAGCGGAGGCAGAGACACCCUCCCCGGAGCCACUUUCAUCCUUGAAGGGAACUGGUCAGGGCAGCCUGGGGCCUGCGGAGAGGUGCAAACCAGACGGCGCGGCUCCCAAGUCACCCUGUGAGGACGGUGGAGGCAUGACUCCAGGGGAAGUCGACCUCGCGGAGUACACGCGCUCCAUUGAGAGGCUCAACACCUCGCUGGGCUUCCUGCAGACCGAGAUGCAGCGUCUGGCACAGCAGCAGGAGAGGAUCAUGGCCAUGAGGGAGCAACAGCAACAGGCCUGGGUCAUACCUCCCCCUGCUCCAUCCCCUCACAGACAGCUUCGUGAGCUUCGCAGCAGCAGCGUGGCAGGCCGGGGGUCGGGCAGAGGUUCUGUAGGAUCCUUGUCUCCGAUCUUGUCUUCAUCCGGCUCACCCAGGGCUCCCCACCGCUCUCCGGUUGGCAUCAAGCGACGACCAGCCUCUUUCCACGCCAGAACCCCCAGGACGCCGCGGCCAAACGAUCUGAAGGUCACCCCCUUCAGCCGGAUGCUCAACACCCCCACCUCAGUGGACAGCCUACCCAGACUGAGACGCUUCUCCCCCAGCCAGACCCAGCUUAGCUCCUUUGCCUACCUGGGCCACGAUGAGGGGCCCGGGGCGAGCCAGAACCAGGAGCUGAAGGAGAACCAAAAAAACAAUAAGAACAAAGCAGAGACGGCCGUUAAAAAGAGUGCAAGCACUCCUCCGUCCCCUACUAAAGAAGAAGCCAAAGAGAGGAAGGAAGCGAGAAACGAGGAGAGGAAAGAGGAGGAUCAGGUGAAGUCAGCAGGGUUCAGACAGACCUGGUUGUCAGAUGUGUUCUAUCAGCCAGUGUCUGAGGUCCAGGCGUCCCGCAGUGGCCGGGUGAAACCAGACCCCCAGACUGAGCCCCAAGGCAGAAGAGACCUGGUGGAGGUGCCUCUGUCUGGACUUAAGCCUCCAGAUGGCCAGGGUCAUGAAACAGCAGGGGAGGCAGAGGCAGGAGGAGAUGGGGAGGACCAGAAGAUGUGCUGCGGGUUCUUCUUCAAGGAUGACGUGAAAGGAGAGGAAGACAUGGCAACAAAGAGGGCAGCUCUCCUGGAGAAGAGGAUGAGGAGGGAGAAGGAGGCACAGGAGAAGAAGCAACAGCAGGAGCUGGACCAGGAGCAGAAGAAGGAAGCUGCACGGUUGAAAGCCGAGGAGGAGCAGCAGAAGAGGGACGACGAGAAGGCAAGGAGGGAUUACAUCAAGAAUGAGUAUUUGAGGAGGAAGCAGCUCAAGCUGAUGGAGGACAUGGACGAAGUCAUCAAGCCCCGUGGGGGAAGUCUCAAGAAGAAGCCGCGUCCCAAAUCCAUCCACAGGGACAGCAUGGAGUCCCCUAAACCGCCGGUCAAAGCAACUGGGGUGCGUCCUCGAGGCUUCUCGGUCUCCAGCAUGUCCCUGGCCUCUCUAAACCUUGCUGACAAUUACAGCAACCAGUCCGACAACAAGAGAACCCCCAGGCCAGACUCUGCAGAGGGCUUUUCCUCUUGCCCAUCAGCCGGUAGCCGGAACGGAGAGAAAGACUGGGAGAAUGAAUCCACCACCUCCUCCACCCCCUCUAACACUGAGUACACAGGACCCAAACUGUACAGGGAGCCCAGUGCCAAGUCCAACAAGCACAUCAUCCAGAAUGCACUGGCUCACUGCUGCCUCGCUGGCAAGGUCAACGAAGGGCAGAAGAACAAGAUACUGGAUGAAAUGGAGAAGUCCGAGGCCAAUAACUUCUUGGUGUUGUUCCGUGACGCCGGAUGCCAGUUUAGGUCGGUGUACGCCUACUGCCCCGAGACCGAGGAGAUCACCAAACUAGCUGGCAUCGGUCCCAAGAGCAUCACGACCAAAAUGAUCGAGGGCCUGUACAAGUACAACUCGGACAGGAAACAGUUCAGCAACAUCCCGGCGAAGACGAUGUCCGCCAGUGUGGAUGCCAUCACCAUCGCCAGCCACCUGUGGCAGACCAAGAAACAGGGGACGCCCAAAAAAUUGCUGCCAAAGUAGCGCCAGAGUCCCAGGCCGAAGCUGGACCUGAAUACGUCUGGAGCAGAUAUGUAGGAAUUUGUGGAUUUGUUGUUUUGUUUUUGUUUUUUGUUGUUUUUUGUUUUUGUUUUGUUUUUUCAUUAAAAAGGACACAUGGCCCCGCUGACAUAAUCACAACUGGAAUGUAGAACAAACUACAGUUAAAAAGGAGCCUCGCGGACCGUGUUGUCGAGAGACAAAACUGACUCACACUCUUGAUAAUUUAAAUGGGCACGUGUGUAUGUCAGCAUGUGUAUCCACGUUCUUGUGUGCCAAAACAAAGGAAGGAAGAGAAGAAACGAGAAGAUUGGGCGGACCAAUGCCUUACCUAGUUGAACCACUGAAGCACUGAAUGUCACGCCUCCGAGUGAGGCCGAGUUUGGUUUCCCUAAGUUGAUCAUGUGUGGCCUUAUGCUUGUUUUGUGUGAUAUUUAAGCGCUGUGAGUGUUAAAGGUUGUCGUGUAAGCGUCUCAUGCAAAUUCUGUUGUGAUGCAGGAAAAAAAAAACAUCACCCCUAACCACGGGUCGGGAAUCACCCUUUUCCUCACUCCGUAUUCGUUUGAAGGGUGAACGGUCAGAUCGGGAAUCGGCUAGACGCAAAAAAAAUAAUAAAAAAAUUGGGCGAGAGUUUUGCUAAUGUGUAGGCAUGUAUUUCCACGUUACUGACAAGCCGCUCAGAUCCGUUUUGUGUGUGUGAGUAGUAAAGUGCCAAGAUGAGUGAGGAAAAUACCUCAGUUAUUGAUUGCCAUUACUUCCCCACAUGUGUAUGAUGAAGAAAUCGGUUGUUGGGUGUCGUCGAACCGGUUCUGCAAAGCACCUGCAACUGACUUUUAAUUUAUUUCAUUUUUGGAGAUCUUUUAAAAAGAGUUCGAGGGUUUAUUCAGAGAAACAUGAUUAUACUUUAUGUCUUAUGAGUUUAAAUUAGUUUGUAUAUAACUGCUACCCCAUUCAAAAUGAAUGAGUCGGCUUUUAGUAGCUUUUAUCAUUUAUCACACACACACACGCACAUGCACACGUGUAUGAGUAUAUUGUAAUAUGGGGCCUUUUUUUUGUGCGACAGAUGCAAAAAGUGUGAUCUUUCACCAGUAUCACUGAUAGGUCUGUACUUAGUAGUAGGAAACCCAGAAAUCCAUCCAUUGUCAUCCAUCAGGAGUUAAGAUAGCCAACAAAGCGUCACUUUAUUGUGGAUAUUGUUUUGAUAAUUAGAUUCCAACUGCCCUGAAAAGUAGUUCACAACUGUAAAUAAUAAAAUGAAUCCACCUCGAGACCCUGACCCACGGUAGUUGACUAAACUGCUAAGCCUCCGCAUUGAAAUUGAAGUACUAAUCACAAAACUGUUUCCACUUCAGGAAUUCCGUGCUUAUUAUUUUACUUUUACUCAUGUCAUAUUUUUAUUAUUAUUAUUAUUAUUAUUAAGUGGUCGUUUAUUAUGGGUUCAUGCUGUACAGAUAUAUUUUAUCAUAUAGAAGUAUUUUUUGUAACCCGCAUUUGCUAUUUGGAGGUUUUGACUGAGCAGCAUAAGUGUUGAAGGAAAUGUUGAGAGCGAAGUGUAGCUGGGCAAAUGGGAAGGCUUGGGCGCCAAGUCUCGCUGUGCCGAAUGAGUAUGAGUAUGAGUAUGUGUAUGUGAAGUCUUAACUUUUUUUUUCCAAUUCUGCAAUUUCUUUUUCCUUUUCAACUCACUUACUAUGCUCAGUUGUACAUGAAAUUAUGUUUUUUUUUCUAUUCAUUUGAGCUCUAUUAAAAUGCAGACUAUCA